AUGGCAUGGCAUUGGAGUUGGGAACCACCCCCGCAACUUCCUGACUUCGCCUCUCUCCCUACUCGUGACCCCGCCCGCACCAGAAGAUCCCCGCGCGGGUCGGUGGGGAAGCGACCGUUCCGGCGAUCGGCGGGGCUGCGGUCGCGGUCGGGGGAGCUGUCGCUUGCGCCGUUGGCGGCGGCAGCGGUGGCGGAGGGGUACGGCGAGACGUGGUUCUGGCAGCGGCUGUUCGGCGCUGCCGUGCGCCCGCGCGACGUGCAGUGGUGGCCGGAAGGGGGGAACGCAUUGCGCCAGAGCCUCAUAUCGUCGUGUCGCGCGGAGCGCGCUACAUCGGGAGGCGCAGUCCCUUCCGCGGGGCUACAGACGGCGCAGCUGCUACCGCUGUGUCGGCAAGCGGACAUUGGCAUGCGCGCGAACGCAGGCGGGGGCGCGGGCGCGGGGAACGGGGAGGGGGAGAGGGGGGACGCGGAAUGGCCAGCGUAUGACGAGUCAGCGGCGGCUGCGCUGGAGAUGCUCGAGCGCACAGGGCACUCCGCCACUCAGGUGGGCGAGCUGCUGGUGGUGAUCGGGGGUUUGAGUCGGCAGGGCCAGGCAACAAUAGACGUGCUGGUCUUCCACCUCGCCUCGCUCGCUGCGUGGCGCCCUGCCGUGCACACGUGGGCGGGGGACGCGCUGCCCCGCCGCCGCUUCCGCCACACCGCUGCGCUCAUUCUCCCGCCUGCUGCGCUCAGAGCGGGGGGGUUUGCGGGCGAGGACGACCCGAUUCUGUUCAUGUUCGGCGGAUAUGAUUUGGAGGGCAACGUGCAUGGCAUGGAGGAGGCCUUCUUCCUCUGCCUCUCUGAUGCAGGAGCCACUGCCACGUGGCGACGUGCGCACACCAGAGGCACCGUGCCCUCUGCGCGCUUCCACCAUGCCAUGGCUGCCUAUGCAAACGGAUCCAAAGUUCUCGUCUAUGGAGGCGAAGGACUGGCGGUUAAUGACUGGGACGUGGUGGAAGGAGCGCGGCAGGAGGGCACGCUGGCACAAGGGGAAGGUGGGAGAGAACAGCCAGAGCAGGAUGAGCGGAGGGCAGAGGACGAGAGGGGAAGCAGGGCGAGACGAGGCAGGCAGAUGGUAGAAGGAGAAGGGGAAGGAGAAGGGGAAGACAAGGGUGGGGCUGCGUCAAGUGGUGGCAGUGGCAGUGGCAGUGGCAUUGGCAUUGGCAGUGGCAGUGCUGGUGCUGCAGCAGAGGCAGAUGGGAGCCACGGAACUUUUCCAUCCUCUGCUGAGCGCCAGUCCACGGCCGUUGCACACACCAACUCGCCUUGUUCUGAUGGCCCACGCAGUGGCAGUGGCAGGGGCAGUGGGAGGGAAAGCGGGUGUGGGUGUGGUUGUUGCGAGCAGUCACCGGUGGCAUGGGAGAGAGUGUGGAACAGCGCGGGCGGUGAGCAGGGCAAUGGGAGGGCAAGGAGGCCAGGCGGCGAGGAGGGGCGCGGGGAAGGUGGGCGUGGGGAAGGUGGACCUGGGGAAGGCGAGCUCGGGGAAGGCGGGCGUGCGCUGGUGGUGUAUGUGUUGGACGUGGGCAGCAUGACAUGGUCGCGCGUGCCCACGCAUGGGGUGUGCCCUGGCGUGCGCAUACUGCACUUCGCCACCACCUACACCUGCGGUGCCUCUGGCAGGGAGCACAUGGUCAUCUUUGGCGGGUACAGGGAUGACAGCACCAACCUCGAGACCAUGCAGCCCUAUGCGCUCAACCUUGCCUCCAUGGAGUGGCGUCGUGCCCGCUCCUCCGCCCCCACGCCUGCCCAUCUCCCAGAGUCACUCCGCGCCGCCGCAUACCAGCCUGUCGCUCGCAACCGCAGCGGCCUUACCAAGAUAAGCAGCGACACGUUGCUGCUCACAGAGGGCACCAUCUAUGACACCCGCAGCUACCUCCGCGAUGUGCACGCCCUGCACCUCCCCUCCCUCUCCUGGUCCCCUGUGAGGGCGCAUGGGCAGCCCACGGCGGGCCCCAGUGGAGGCCUUUCAGCGGAAGGGCUCAUUGCCUACGGCGGCUGUGUGCUGGGUGAGUGUUUGUUUGUGGGCGGCUGUGUGCUGGGUGAGUGUUUGUUUGUGGGCGGCUGUGUGCUGGGUGAGUGUUUGUUUGUGGGCGGCUGUGUGCUGGGUGAGUGUUUGUUUGUGGCCGGCUGUGUGCUGGGUGAGCGGCUUUUUUCCGGGCAGCUGAGUGUUAAGUUGGGCAUUCAACCAAUAGCGAGGGUGGAUCCAAUGGUCACCGCUCGUGCGGUGCUCUGGCACUGUCUUUUGAGGCGCCUCAGAAGUCCUCUCUCCCCACUCCUCCCCCCAUCCACCUCGCUUCUCACAGGCACGCUGGGCAUUCAACCAGUGGCAAGGGUGGAUCCAAUGGUCAUCGGCUCGUGGGGUGCGCUUUCCCCACCGCAACCCCAGCCUCCCCCCGCGCGCACCUGCUGCCGCCCCUGGCUGCGCCUCUCUGCCGGCCUCUCACUACUGCCACUUCAGCCCAUUGAACUUGUCUACUCCUCUACCUCCCCGCCCAACGCUGCUGCUGCUGCUGCUAAUGACGCUGCUGCUGCUGCUAAUGACGCUGCUGCUGCUGCUGCUGCUGCGAUGGAGAAAUCUAACACCGGCCACGGUGCAGGAGGGGCUUGCAAAGAAAAUUCUUCGGCUCGCGGGAGUGAUUCGGCUGGUAGUCCCAGCAGUGAGGAGGACUGUUCUGCUCCUGCGGUAGGCCAAGGUGGGCUGGGUGUGCGGCGUGUGGGUGAUCAUGCUCACAUACUGUCACCCCUGUGCCACACUGCCUUCCGCCUCCCACAUCUCAAUACCGCCCUCCUGCCCUCCUCGUCCCUGCUUCCCCUGCACAUGUCACCCGCAUCAUCCCCUUCUGCAACCCCACCUACUGCUCUCUCUACCGAUGCUGCCUCCGUCGUACAUGCUCCUGCUGCCGCUGCUGCGGAUGCAGUUGCUUCUUCGUCUCCUCCUUGCCCUUUGUUUGCCAAAACGUCUGCCAGUCAACCACCAGACGCACCAACAGCGGCAGUGGCGGCGGCAGCAGCUGCUGCAAUUGAUCCUCUGGAGCUGCUCCUUCCGACUCCUGCCUCUGCUCAUGCACACAUAUCUCUGCCUGUUACGGUGUCUCGACUCUCCCCUCCUCUCCUUACACUUGCGGAGUGCUUAGAAGGGGAAGGAAGUGAAGGGAGGUCAGGAGGAGGAAAAGGAGGCAGAAUAGAAGGGGGAACUAGCAUUUUGUUGGGAGCACCUGGGGAAGAGGGAGCAGAGGCAAGUGCUUGCGCUGCUUCGACCGGCUCUGUUGCUGCUGCAGCAGCAGCGGUGGGAGAUGUGGGAGAUGUGGCGUCUGCGGCGGAAGCAGCAGAGGCGGCGGCACAGGCAGUGGCAGCAGUGGCGGCUGCGUGUGUGAACAUUGCGCUCAUGGUGCGCGAUGUGCGGCAGUCCCUGAUCAUGCGCAGGGGAGGGGUGGGGGAGGAGGAGGCUGAUGCUGCUGGUAAGCACCUGUAG